AUGAUGGAGCUGCAGAUGGACGAGGUGGUGUACCAGGACGACUACGGCUCCGGCUCCGUGAUGUCGGAGCGGGUGUCGGGCCUGGCCAGCUCCAUCUACCGGGAGUUCGAGCGCCUGAUCCGCAGCUACGACGAGGAGGUGGUGAAGGAGCUGAUGCCGCUGGUGGUGAACGUGCUGGAGAACCUGGACGGGGUGCUGACGGAGAACCAGGAGCACGAGGUGGAGCUGGAGCUGCUGAAGGAGGACAACGAGCAGCUCAUCACCCAGUACGAGCGGGAGAAGGCGCUGAGGAAGCAGGCGGAGGAGAAAUUCAUUGAGUUUGAAGAUGCCUUGGAAGCUGAGAAGAAGGACCUGCAGGUACAGGUGGAGUUUCUGGAGCUGCAGGGGAAACAGCUGGAGCUCAAGACAAAGAACUACUCCGACCAACUCACUCGGCUGGAAGAGCGAGAAUCCGACAUGAAGAAAGAGUACAACGCUCUGCACCAGCGCCACACUGAGAUGAUCCAGACGUACGUCGAGCACAUAGAGCGGUCCAAGAUGCAGCAGGCAGGGACCAACAGCCAAUCAGAUGGCCCGGGCUGUGGACGAACUCAACGCCACACUUGGAGGAAAAGCAAAGCGGAGCGCCCGCCGUCGUUGAGCCUGUACCCCACCGGCGAGGGCAUGGAGGACGGAUCCGAGUCCGACUCAGUAGCAGCCACGCCCAGCAGCACGGGGAGCAAGUCCAACACGCCCACCUCCUCCGUCCCCUCCGCCACCGUCACCCCCAUCAACGAGGGCUUCCCCCCGAACUCCGAGUUUGAUGCCAUGCGGGCCGGGAACCACAGGAAAGGGGCCAAGCGGCUCAGCCGGAAUAUGGAAGUGCAGGUUUCCCAGGAAACCAGGAACGUCAGCAUCGGUAUGGGAAGCAGUGAUGAGUGGUCCGAGUUCCAGGAGAUCAUCGAUUCUACUCCUGAGCUCGACAUGUGUGUGGACCACCGCGGGUACGGAGGAGGAAACAGCCCCUCCCAGGGCAUCGUGAACGAGGCCUUCGGCAUCAACACCGACUCCCUUUACCACGAGAUCAAAGACGCCAAGUCGGACAUCAUCGGAGACGUGGACGCAGGCGCCGAGCUGCUCGGCGAGUUCUCAGUCCGCGAUGAUUUCUUCGGGAUGGGCAAGGAGGUGGAGAACCUGCUGACAGAGAACAAACAGCUCCUAGAGACCAAAAACGCACUGAAUAUUGUGAAAAACGACCUUAUUGCCAAAGUGGACGAGCUGUCGGGGGUGCAGGAGGUGCUGAGGGAGGAGCUGGAGGCCGUGAGGCAGUCGAAGAACAAGGUGGACGCCAGAGUCAAGGAGCUGGAGGAGGAACUCAAGAGGUUAAGAGCCGAAGCUCUCGGUGCGUCUCGGGACUCUAAGGAUGAAGGAGCCGAUGAUUUCUCAUCACCCAUGCAGGACGGCGACAUGACCAUGACGCAGCGGCGGCGAUUCACCCGGGUGGAGAUGGCUCGCGUGCUGAUGGAGAGGAACCAGUACAAAGAGAGACUGAUGGAGCUGCAGGAGGCCGUACGGUGGACGGAGAUGAUCAGGGCGUCCCGGGAGAGUCCUGCAAUCCAAGAGAAAAAGAAGUCAACCAUCUGGCAGUUCUUUGCUCGUCUCUUCAGCACCUCGUCCAGCCCUCCCCCGGUCAAGCGGCCGUACUACAGCGUCAACAUCCACUACAAGUCGCCCUCGCCGGCCGGCUUCUCUCAGCGCCGCAGCCAAACCAUGUGUCAGAUCUCCACCUCCAACCGCACGCUGGAGUUCUUCCCCGAAGAUGACUCGGCGCUCUUAGCUCGCCGAGAGCAGCGGCGCGAACAGUACCGGCAGGUCCGCGAGCACAUGCGCCGCGAUGACGGCAUCAUGCAGGCUUGUGGCUGGAGUGUGCCGUCACGCUUCAAACAGACGACCACCAACGAAAAAGAUGAUAAUCGCAUGAAGAAUGUUCCGGUCCCGGUGUACUGUCGCCCCCUGGUGGAGAAGGACCCCAACAGGAAGUUGUGGUGUGCGGCGGGCGUGGACCUGUCCGGGUGGAGGGCCGGCGGCCAGGAGACAGCGCCCGGCCGAGCUCUGAUGGGCGGCAGCGAUCCCCUGCACGCCGACGAGGACGGAGCGGAGAAGAAGAGCAGCCACACGUCCCCGGAGAAGAGGAAGUCAAAGGAGCUCCAGGAAACCGACAGCAUGAACAGUCGAGUGUGGAUCCUCACCAGCACGCACUCUGCCAGCAAGGUGGUCAUCAUCGACGCCAACCAGCCGGGCUCACUGGUCGACCAGUUCAACGUCUGCAACGCCCACGUGCUCUGCAUCUCCAGCGUGCCGGCUGCCAGUGAGAGCGACUACCCGGCCGGAGAGAUCGUGUUGGAUCCGGGUGACGGUGGCGCCGGCGCCGGCGAGGACACCGGGAGCGUGGAGAACAUGUUGGCCGGUAUCACGCUCGUCGGCUGCGCCACCAACUGCAGCGUUGCCCGUAGCAACUGCUCCUCACGCACCGACACCCCCAUAAUGGACAAAGGACAAGCCCCCACUGCUCCCCCCAUGAACGGAAAGAUUCACCCGGCACAGUCGGCCGAGGAAGCCACUGAAGCCACGGAGGUCUCGGACUCAGCAGCCAGCCACACGAUGGGAUCCGGCCCCCCAGGACCCUUCACCGAGCACGUCUUCACCGACCCCCAGCCUCGCAUGUCCAAAGAGGAAGCGUCUCAUCCUUCAGAGUCAGAGGACGGAGGAGACGAGUCCAAGAACUACACGAGCGUGGCCCCCACCAUGUGGCUCGGGGCCCAGAACGGCUGGCUCUACGUGCACUCGGCCGUUGGAAACUGGAAGAAGUGUCUCCACUCCAUCAAACUCAAAGACUCGGUGCUCAGCUUGGUGCAUGUGAAAGGUCGUGUGCUGGUCGCCCUCGCUGACGGGACCCUCGCCAUUUUCCACAGAUCAGAGGACGGCCAGUGGGAUUUGUCCAACUACCACCUCAUGGACCUCGGCCGGCCUCAUCACUCCAUCCGCUGCAUGGCGGUCGUCCACGACAAGGUGUGGUGCGGCUACAAGAACAAGAUCCACGUCAUCCAGCCCAAGAGCAUGCAGAUCGAGAAGUCCUUCGACGCGCACCCCCGCAGGGAGAGCCAGGUGCGGCAGCUGGCGUGGAUCGGCGACGGCGUGUGGGUGUCGAUCCGGCUCGACUCCACCCUGCGGCUCUACCACGCCCACACGCACCAGCACCUCCAGGACGUGGACAUCGAGCCGUACGUCAGCAAGAUGCUCGGAACCGGCAAGCUGGGCUUCUCCUUCGUGCGAAUCACGGCGCUUCUGAUCGGCGGGAAUCGCCUGUGGGUCGGAACUGGGAACGGUGUGAUCAUCUCCAUCCCACUGACGGAGACGGUGGUCCUUCACCGGGGACAGCUCCUGGGUUUGAGGGCCAAUAAGGUUUCUCCCACGUCCUCCACUGGAGUCAUCCACGUGUACGGCGGCGACGACGGCUCUGAAAAGAGCAGCGGCAGCUUCAUCCCCUACUGCUCCAUGGCUCAGGCCCAGCUCUGUUUCCACGGACACCGAGACGCUGUCAAGUUCUUCGUCUCAGUACCCGGCAAUGUUCUGGCCACCCUGAAUGGCAGCGUGCUGGACAGUCCGUCGGAGGGGCAGGGCUCCACAGCGCCCCCGGAGGCCGAGGCCCAGAGUGUUCACAACGUGCUGGUGCUGAGCGGAGGAGAGGGCUACAUCGACUUCCGUAUCGGCGAUGGAGAGGACGACGAGACGGAGGAGGGAGAGAGCGGGGGGGCCACGCAGAUGAAACCUGCCUUGUGCAAAGCGGAGCGGAGCCACAUCAUCGUCUGGCAGGUGUCUUACGUCCCCGAGUGA